CGACCUGUGGGAAUGGCCCAAGUAAAUCGGUCUUUUGAAUUUGGAGAUCCCCCUGGUGGGGGUAGAGAAUGGCACCGACUAAUGCAGAACGAAGGAUAUGACUUGAGCAAGUUUGAACUGGUUGCAGUGCCAGAGGAGUUUUCAGAUGCAUCGGGCCCAGACCAGAUCGGCCACUGCGGUCUCUUGGAGUACGACGGAGUCCUGGAUGUAGAGGGUAGCGAUAGCGAGGCAUCAUGUCUUGACCCUGGUGAAGGAUUCAAUGUAACCAUUGAGCAUGUAGGAGACGACCUGGGUCAUGGGUCAGGACUUGUCCACCUGCUGGAAGUGCCUCCUAACCUGGGUGAAACCAAACAUUACCAUAGAGAUGACAUCCUAGAUGUCGGAAUUGAAGCAUGCGAUCUGAAAAGUCUUCUGGAGCAGUUUGAAGAGAUUGAGCAGCCACAGACAAACCCCAAACAGAUGGCUGUCCCCAAACCCCAACCCCAACCCCAACCCCAACCCCAACCCCAACCCCAACCCAAAUCCAACCCAGUGCCUCUACUAGUACCCCUAACAACAUCUCAACCAGCACCUCAACCAGUACCCCCACCAGUAUCUCAACCUGCACAAAAGGAACCAACAAGGUAUAAAAUCAUUACAUCAACGAAGGAGCUUCCAAACCCUGCUGAUAUCAUUAAGAAGAUUAUGCCAGUGAAGAGGAAACGAGCCAUCCUCCUCGACCCUGAGGCCUCGCCGUUCAAGAAAACCAAGCCCAAGCAACAGAACCCAGAAGUCAACAAGGCCAUUAAUCUAGCCAAGAGCACCCAUUCAUUAUCCCCUAUCCCGUUUAACCUCAAGAACCUGAUUCCUGCUCCCAAGUACCUCAGCAUGGAGCAUGACUACUGCAUGAGUCCCGCUUCAGAGAAGAGCACAGCGUCCGAUCUGUCCAACGAAAUGUCCAAAGAGCAAAGAAGAGCCUACUACAAGUAUAAGUACAGAGUCAAGAAGAAACCGGAUGGAGUGGACAGCCCGCAGUCAAAGUGUUCAUCCGUGAGCAGUUCACCUAUCAGUGUGUCCCCCGCUAGCUUGUCACCGAAUCCUGGUGUAGUUGAAGUCGUCAGCGACGGGAAGGUGCCCAAGGCCACUGUGCCAACUCCUGGAGCGGUCGUGCCUCUGUUUGACAAGAUACCGGGGUACUUCUCAAAGAAGCUCUUAGUGGGAAUGUACCGUGAAAUAGACAAUGAGAACCCCUCCAAGCCAGUGCAUCAGGGAUACGACCAGAAUAUUUUUGUGAGCAGUGAGAACGAUGGUGGAAGAGUGGAAGAACCAAGGAUGGAGAGGCCGAGUAGGCCGCAGGUCCGACGACAUCAUCGUCGCUCGUACCGUGAUUCACGGAGGAAAAACUCCUUGUCUUCACAGUCUGAUAGUUCAUAUUGCAGCUCGUGUUCUGAACAUUCCCCUCAUCCAGAAGAAAAUGAUCUAGAACAAGAAAACCAAUCUAGAAAUCGAAACACUGUUGUGCGGAGAAAGCGGCGAACAAGAGAGAGUAUCUGUUCUGCACGGUCAAGUGACUCACGAUCCCCUUCGUACUCGCGCUCUAGGUCGCCAUCCUAUUCAUCCUACAGUGGUUAUGAUUCACGAGGACAGUCACGUUCAAUUUCCAGAUCUAGGUCACGUUCCUUUUCAAGAUCGAGAUCACGAUCAUUUUCUAGAUCCCCCUCUUUUUCAAGAUCACGUUCAAGAUCUCGAUCUUAUUCUCGCUCGAGAUCGAGAUCACGAUCACGUUCAAGGUCCCCCAGAGACUACAGUAGGAGAUCUAGGUCCUAUUCACGUUCAUUGUCUAGGUCCCCACAAAGAACUCGUAGAUCAUCUAGUAGGAGAUUAAGUAGGGAGUCUCAUUCAAGGUCGAGAGCAAGGUCCAUGUCAAAAUCAAGAUCACGUCAGCAUAGCAGACAUAGAGACAACAACAACAGAUCUCAUUCAAGUAUCAGAACUUAUGAUCCACUGGGUGACAGCAAGGAAGUCAAGUAUACAGAUGAGCAGCUGCAAGAAUUUGACGAGAGACGUGUUGUGUACAUAGGUAACAUUGAAGAGGACACAUCCAGGAAGGACUUGAUGAAGCAGUUCUCGCGGUUCGGUCCUGUAGACAAGAUCCAGCUCUACUUCAGGGAUGACAUGGAUAACUAUGGAUUUAUUACGUUUCGCUACAAGUGCGAUGCUGUUGCUGCCAUCACAUCUGGACAUGACCCUAAUUGGCCCAAAUAUGAGCUCUGCUUUGGAGGAAGAAGAAAGUUCUGCAUGAAGAAAUAUGAAGACCUGGAUUCCUUGAACAAAGUAUCGUCGGAGCUUGAUUAUGGUUACCAUGACAACGGAGAAGGGAAAGAGGAUGACGAAGUAGACGCACCAGAAGAGAGUGAAUUUGAUAAACUUCUCAAGGCAGCAAUGAAGAAUAAGAACAAAUCAAGAUAAUGAUUGGAGAAAGUUUUGUUUCAUUGUUUCAUUUCCAUUUUUUUUUUUUUUUUUUUGGGGGGGGGGGGGAGAGAAUUGGAGAACUUAUGUGUUGCACAUGAAUCGAUUAUUAAGGAUCAUGUGUUCUGGUUUCUUGUGGUAGGAUGAGUAAUUUAUCUUCUCUUAAAAGUGUUCACAAAAUGAUUUAAAAAUUGAUACAGACAACAAAGUUGUGUUUCGCUGUUGCUACAGGUUGGCAAAGUGCUUCAUAGCAAAGAGUUGAAUUAUUUUAGAAAUCAAGAUGAAGACAAUUCAAAAGUGAAUUUAAGUUGAGCUGUGGUGUUACAUUGUACUGGUAAGAACCAGGUACCUUUUUCAGGAAAAAACAAACAAAGGGGCAUUACCAUGCAUAUUUAUUGUUUUCACUCUGGAGCUGUUGUGAAAUAUGCUGCAGUGUUGUUACUCUGCUUAUUUGAAGUUGAUGGUCAGAAAAGUUGAUGGUAGAUGAUCAUUCAAUCGAAAAAUUGCUCCUUGUUGGUUACUGUUAGUGUUGUGAAAGGGCACAGAUUUUCUUUGGAAUUGUUUUCAAAAAAUACACCAGAGUGGUAAAAUAUUCCUUAAAUGAGUCACUUCGGUGAUAAAGGUUAGUCUCUCAUUUUGUUUGCUUCAGUGUACGCAUGUCAAUAUACAGUGCAUGUUUCUUGUAACAAGACUGGGCCAAUUUCUUAUCACUUUGAUAAUUACAACAAAAAAGUUCACAGUAUACACCAAUGCUUAUUGUGCUACAUUAUCAAGCUUUUCCAAUGCUUCCGCACAGAUUCUUUCACAAGGCAACUGCAUGACCAGAACCCAACUUUAUCUUAAAUAUAGACCGUCUUACACCUCCAAUCAAUCGCAAGUUUGCAAUUUCCUAUCUUUUAUGUACAUAGUUGCGAUUGAUAUCAACUCUUUGUAAUACAGGGCCCUGAUUUCAGGCGGUAUGUUUGCUCUCCAAUACUUGUGAUUCUACUAACACCACUAGCACCACUUGUAAAUCACCCUUUGUGUAGAAUACAAACACAUAAUAUGGUUUGAAUUCCCUCCCAUUAGAAGUGAAAGCAGCAGAAAUAUAUACAAGGCCAGUAUUGUGCUUAUGCUGGUAGAUUUUACAGGGUGUUCAAAAAAAGUCCUUGUUCAAGGGCUCUUAAAUUCUCAAAUGCAGCCUAUUGCAAUCUGAGCCAUUAUAUAAAGUAUUUUCAGACAUGUUUUAUUACUAAUAUUGCAUUACAUUUGUUGGUUGAGAAUGAAAAUUAAGCUAUUGCCGAUUUUCAAACCUUUACAACAAUACUUCAAACUUGCGACUGUUGCAUGUUUAAACCUCUCACGGACCACCCUGUGUUCAUGUUUUUGAAAGAAGCCUAUCAUUCUACUAAGAUUCUAGAAUAAGGUGUUUUAUUUUUGUAUGUAGCAAUGCAGAUAUCAAGGGAAAGUGUCCCUUUAAUAUCAUGCAGAAUAGAUUCAGUACUUAUUUUUUUUAAUAAUUAGCAAUGUUCAACAUUGAAGAAGAAAAAAUGUGAGAUGUAGUUUAAAAGCAAGGAUUGCCAAAAGAAAGAUAUAAAUUUUUGAAAAUAAAUGUUCAUUGAAGUGAGCUUGUAAGACUAAUUCACUUCAGGUGUAGUUAAUACCUUAAGAAAAUCAAAAUGCAGCUUUAAUUUGUAUGUUUCUGCCCAGAAUUACAGUGCAUGAAACCUUUAUUUUAUAUAGAUCAAUAUGGCAAUAAGUUUAUGAUUGUAUUUGCUUGAAAGGUGAGAGCUCAUUUCUCAAUAAUUUCAAUUUUUGUGGAAAUUUUUUCCAAACAGUUGGUAAUACUUGUAUAAUAAAUAUUGAGUAUGAAUUACUUUGAAAGCACAUGAAAAUUUUUAUAACUUGACAUUAUAUAAAAAAUGAUAUAAAUGUCUUCAAUUCUAUAGUUGCCAAAAUGCUCCAUUGUGUCAAUUGUGUGUGCAUCAAUACUAUGAUGAAUAGUAUCUUUGAAGUUCGAAUCCAUGUUUUUUUUCUUUUAGAACAGGAUUAGACUUCAUUUCAUUUUAAAGACAGAUUAAAAAACAUUUUAGUAUUUCAUUAAACAAGUACCUCUGAUUAAAUAUUAUUUAAAUCUUUCUUUUUUCUUUAUAACUUUUUUUUCCUUUUAACUUUUACAAAAAGUUGGUAUUGUAUGAUCAUGUGCAACUAAUGUGAGAGCUUUAGCAAAGGGUAUGCUGUAAUUUUUAUUUCUAACUUUGUUAAAAAGUUCGUAUUGUAUGAUCAUGUUACAACUAAUUUGAGAGCUUUAGAAAAGCGUAUAAUACGGUACGAUGCAAAAAUCAAAAUUAUGUGACCAUAUCAUUUAUACUGCUGCCAUGCCAUAAGUACAGAUAUUUUUUAUUUGUAUUUGAAUUUCCAUUUGAUUUUUUAUGAAAUACUUCAUUUUUACUUUUAUAAUGUUAAUAUGUUGAGAAGGGUAGAUCUUAUAGAACACACCUAGUAUUAGUUGUUGAUAUGAUGCAGACUUAUAUUAUUUUAGUUAAUAGCCGGUAGUUAUUAUGUAGUAAUGUAGGUAUCUAAGGAGGGAAUAGAUAGAGAAGUAUUUAGAACAGUAAAAUACAGGAAUGAUACUAGCAUUAUAAAUUGUUAAAAUGCUAGAAAAAAAUGGUGGAAAAGGUAAACUAAAUACAAGGAAAGUAUCACAGAAAAAAAUACAUCCUUUGUUGAUGGAAUUUUUUAUCUCAAGAAAAUGAGACCGAGAAUAAAGACUUUGUUGUGAUUGGUGUUGCUUUUUUUUGUCCCCCCGGAUCUGUUAAGGAUAAAGUAGAAUAUUCCUAGUUAGUUUUGCUCUCCCUUCUCUCUUUACUAAAAAGUAAUGUCCAUGAAAAGUGAAUUUUCACCCAUGUUCCAUAGUCAUGAAAUUUCUCUUUGAUGUUGCCCAAAGAUGGGUAGAACGCUAUGUAAAAGCAAGGGAAUAGCAUUCGCAUUUGUGCUGUAUAACUAUACAUGUAUAUGCAUAUUUAUCCCAGAGCAUGGUUUUGUGUGGUUGGUUUUACGCUUGUGAAGCAUUAUUAAAUGUGGUUCACCGUCAAGAAGUAUUUAGCCUACCAUGCAUAUGUAUGGUCACAAUAAACAUUAAAAAGCAUUAAAUACUA